GUCCAAAUUGAAAGGUAAAGUUUUUCUAGUCUCGACUCUCGCUUUAUCCAGCGGCUGCUGUAAAAAACGCAACUUCCCCCACUACCUACCGCCUUCAGAUUGCAACGACACAGAAAAAGAAAGAGAAGUGAGUGAGUGAGAGAGAUAGAGAGCGACCGAGAGAGUGGGAGACAGUUCCACCAAGGCUGUCUUGAGUGAGAGCCAGCUCUGAGUUUUGGGGUUUCCCAAUAUUUCCCAACUUGCACUUGACACAAUCCGAUCGACAUUGCGCAAAAAUGUGUGCCUUCUCCGAUUCUUGAUCCCAAACCUUAAAAACCUUCUAUUUUAGCCCCGCGCUUCUUUAUGGCUCCGAAAUCUUCAGGGUGAAUGUAAUAUGUGAACCGCACAUGCAUUGGUCAGCUUCUUCUUUUUCCGUGCUCUUUGCGUUAUGUUUUCCGAACACGACCAUUUAAGCCAUGUGUUGCAGGAUUUGUCUGAGCUAUCUCUGGCACCAGCUGAUUGCUGACUCAGGGUUUUUGUCAUAAAUAUCCAUGAUAGCAAAGGGCUAGUGGAACCAUGAACUUUUUCCAGACUGUUGGUCAUCUUAAGGGUUCUUUGUGCAAUCAGUUAUUAUUAUUCAUCAUUUGGUUAUACAGUUUUCAAGAAUUAGUGGCCUUGCAGAUGCUGCUUGCACCUACUCAUACUUCUUCCAUGUCAGAGCUAGCUAAUCCCCCUACUACUGGACUGUUUGAUCCCAUAGCAAUAUCUCCCGCUGUCAUACCCCACUACCCAAAUCCCAGUGAACCUUUGCCACCUAUGUACCCAACCUUUCCUACCAGAUACGAGCCAGUUCUAUCAGGAAAAUGUCCUGUAAAUUUCACUCUUAUAUCCAGUCUCAUGGAAAAAACAGCAUCUGAUUGUUCUCAACCAUUGGCGGCACUUGUAGGAAAUGUAAUAUGUUGUCCACAGUUUACUAGUUUACUCCACAUCUUCCGGGGCUUCUAUAGUAUCAACUCUGAUAAGUUGGUUUUGCAAGAUGCUGUUGCUAAUAGUUGUUUUACAGACAUCCUUAAUAUCUUAGCUAGUAGAGGGGCAAAUAGUACGUUACCUACCCUUUGCUCUGUUAAAUCAUCGAGUCUUACGGGAGGGUCAUGUCCAGUGAAGGAUCUUUUUUCCUUUGAGAAAACAGUGAACACAAGCAAACUACUGGAGGCCUGCGGCACUAUAGAUCCUCUUAAAGAAUGUUGUAGACCCGUUUGCCAACCUGCAAUUAUGGAUGCUGCUCUUCAGAUAUCAGGAAGGCAAUUGACACUCAAUGAGAAUAAGAAUAUAGUGGGCGAGCCUUAUCCAAUUGAUUCUCUUAAUGAUUGCAAAGGAGUGGUUUAUUCCUAUCUUUCAAGGAAACUUCCGUCAGAUGCUGCAAAUACUGUGUUUCGAAUAUUAUCUGCCUGCAAAGUCAACAAAGUGUGUCCUUUAAGUUUUAAGGAGCCUUCCGAGGUUAUUGUAGCAUGUCGUAAUGUAGCUGCUCCCAGUCCUUCCUGCUGUAGCUCAUUAAAUACUUACAUUGCUGGAGUACAAAAGCAAAUGUUAAUAACAAAUAGACAAGCCAUAAUCUGUGCAACAGUGUUUGGAGCCAUGUUACGGAAAGGUGGGAUUAUGGAAAAUAUUUAUGAGCUUUGUGAUGUUGACUUGAAAGAUUUUAGUAUCCAAGUAUAUGGACAACAAGGGUGUCUACUUCGGAGCUUGCCUGCAGAUGUCAUAUUUGACAAUGCAACAGGCAUCAGCUUUACAUGUGACUUGAGUGAUAACAUUGCUGCCCCAUGGCCUUCGUCAUCCUCAAUUUCAUCCGUGUCUCUUUGUGCACCUGAGAUGUCAUUGCAUACACUACCAACAUCAGAGACUUUAAAAAAUUCUGGUUGUGGUGGUGGUGAGUUAGAACUGCUGGUACCCAUUUUUUCAUUGUUUAUUUUCAGUACAUUGUUGUACUGAAGGAGAUUUUGCUUGGGUUGAGCUGGCUUGAGGUUGAAAAUUGGUUGUGGAUUUUUGCGUGUAUAUUUUGAAUAGCCUCCAUGUAUAGCAGCCUUUCUUUGUUUUCUCCGCU